AUGACCGCUGUACCCGACAGAUCGAUACGCAUAUGUGCAGAUCGAGGAGGAACCUUUUGCGAUGUUCAUGCGUCAUAUCCGGAUCCCGAGAACCCUAAAACACGCAAAGAGCUGGUGAUUAAGCUACUGUCCCAGGACCCAGCCAAUUAUCAGGAUGCACCCACUGAGGGCAUCCGCCGAGUACUAGAAAUCGUGACGGGGGAAAAGAUCCCCCGGGGAACGGUCCUCUCUACAGACAAGAUCGACUACAUUCGCCUAUCUACGACAGUUGCCACGAAUGCCCUUUUGGAACGCAAAGGCCACAAGCACGCCCUGCUCAUCACGAAAGGGUUUAAAGACCUCCUGCUAAUCGGUAAUCAAUCACGCCCAAGGAUCUUUGACCUCAACAUCAAGCGACCACCGCCUUUGUAUAGCGAGGUCGUUGAAGUAGACGAACGUGUCACACUUGUAGGGUACACAUCAGAUCCUCAGGCCGAGAAGCAUGCAGUGAAGUUCAACAACGACGGGAGCGUUAAGAAGGGGUAUACUGGCCCGGGACAUGAUGAACAUGGUUUUGCGGAUGGAUCCGGGGACAUCGUCCAAGGCAUAUCCGGGGAAGCGGUGCGAAUAAUGAAACGGCCGGAUCUUGAGGUCGUGAAACACGAUCUUCAGCGCCUGUUUGAUUCCGGUUAUAGGUCAAUAGCCAUUGUGCUAGUGCACUCUUACACAUUCCCGGAGCACGAAACACAGAUUGGACAACUUGCACGGGAAAUAGGGUUCACGCAGGUCUCGGAGUCGUCGCGCUUACUUCCCAUGAUCAAGAUGGUGCCUCGAGGGGUGUCUUCAACUGCCGACGCAUACCUGACCCCUAUUUUGCAAGCAUACUUGGAUGGGUUCUUCACUGGCUUUGAUGCUAAACUCCGGGAUGGAAGGCUGAGGAGCCCACGAGUGGAAUUCAUGGGCAGUGAUGGUGGUUUGCUCGAUCUAAGCAAUUUUUCUGGGUUGAAGAGUAUUCUCAGUGGACCUGCCGGUGGCGUGGUUGGGUAUGCUCUAACUAGUUGGGACGAGGAAAGAAAGUACCCGAUUAUUGGAAUAGAUGUUGGUGGCACGUCAACGGACGUGUCACGCUUCAACGGGAGAUAUGAGGUAGUCUACGAGACGACGACUGCCGGGGUUACCAUCCAGUCACCUCAGCUGGACAUUAAUACUGUUGCCGCUGGUGGAGGGUCUUGCCUGACGUUCCGCAAUGGCUUGUUCUUGGCAGGACCCCAUAGUGCUGGAGCUGAACCUGGUCCUGCUUGUUACCGCAAAGGCGGGCCGCUGGCUGUGACGGAUGCAAACUUGCUUCUUGGACGUUUGAUACCCGAACACUUCCCGAAAAUAUUUGGAAAGAACGAAGACGAAAGUUUGGAUGUCGAGGCAUCGAGGACGGCUUUCGAGAAACUCGCCUCGCAAAUCAACGACAGUCAAGAAUUAUCUCAUGAGCUAGAUGAAAUCAUUUACGGAUUCAUCAAAGUCGCGAACGAAACAAUGUGUCGUCCAAUACGGGCACUGACAGAGGCCCGUGGAUACUCGACUGGUAGCCACAUACUGACUAGUUUCGGGGGUGCAGGAGGUCAACAUGCCUGCGAAAUUGCCGGUAUUCUUGGGAUCAAGACUGUCCUAAUUCAUCGCUAUAGCUCCGUUUUGUCUUCUUAUGGCUUAGCACUGGCCGAUCGAGUAUAUGAACUCCAAGAACCGUCGUCCACCUUUUACUCUAGCUCCACGAAAUCUUCGCUCCUCGCACGACUUGACAAAUUAACGAAAGCUGUUCAGACGGAGUUGGCUCGCCAGGGAUUCGAGGAGGACCGCAUCAAGGUGGAGCGAAUGUUGAACAUGCGCUUCGACGGAACGGAUACUGCACUGAUGGUUUUGCCUGUACCGAGUGACGGUGAUGGGGAUGAAGAUUUCGAAGUUGCCUUCAAGAAAGUCUAUAAGGCGGAAUUUGGUUUCUUAUUGGAGACGAAGAACAUCGUAGUUGAUGAUAUUAAGGUCCGUGGCAUCGGAAAGACGUUCGAUAGCCUCGGAGAAUCAGUAUAUUCCGAAGUAGAGCGGAUCAAGAAAACGCUAGUCGAUCAGUCCAAAGCUAGUUCGAGGAAUAGCGUGUACUUCGACAAGGUCGGGAGAGUGCAUGAUACACCGGUCUUCCUAUUGGACAAUCUGUCCCUUGGCGACGAGAUUGAGGGUCCAGCCAUGGUCAUUGACAAUACCCAGACGAUUGUAAUUGUUCCAGGAGCACGAGCGGUACUUACUAGGAAGCACCUGUAUUUGACCCUAGAAUAA